AUGGACAAACUUCGCGGACAGCAUCAGCAAAUAUCUCGAAUACUUAAUGCUGUGCAGGAUAUCCCUCAAUUUAAGCCAUUCGAUGUUGAAUUACCAGAUCAGAACACACUCAAGCCAUUUAUCACCCAGCUAAAGGGAAUACACGUUGAUUUAACACACUUUGAUGAUAAAGGCUUGAAAGAUGUCGCUAAGAACACCUCCAAUAGGAAGCUGUCAAAAGAAGACACAGAUUACUUGCAAGUCGUUUUAGAGGCUAUAACCGUCUUCGAAUCAGCCACUCAACUUCAUGAUAAACAUAGACUCAAUCUUCAUCUCACUCAAUUACGCUUAAACUGGAUUGAUCAGCAUAAAAGAUAUUUAGAAUUGUUGAAAAUCUUCAGUUUUAACAACUCCAACGACUCAUUGAGUAUCGCCGUCGACAUCCUCACUCUCUCCUCUAGCGCCGUUGAUGAGAUGAUCGAAUUGAUUAAAGUUCCUGACUCAUUCCUAGACGAGCAAGAUAAACUCGAAAAUUCACUCACACAGCUUAUCAGUCUCAUACAAACACACAAAUCUCUCAUUCAUCACUUAUUUCUCGAUUCAUGGCUUCAACUAGAGUCAAAUCCCCAUCCUUUCGCAGAUUUAGCUGCUUUUGAAUAUAUUAUAUCAUCUGCAACUAAUUACACUGCUUUACACUCUGAAAUUUACAAUCUUGUUGAGCUUCUCCAGCAAGUAAGACAACAGUCGAGCGCGAUGAUUCAUUUAAGUAAUGAGUUUCAUCGAUUACUCGUAUUAUCACCAUCACACGAUGCUCUCUCAGCGUUUCAACAACUAGUUCAACAAAUCAAAGUUCUUUCCAAUCAGUCCUCGCCUUUGAUUGCUCAGAUCAACACAAAAGUGCAAAAGGACGCAAAGGAGUUUCUGUCUCAACUCAAUUCAAUGUACAGAUGUUAUUUCAAAAUAGCUGAUAUUAGAGACCGCGCAUUCUCAACGCUCGACGACUCCAACACAAUCGCUCAGCUACCUUCGCUUGAGCUCCACUCUAGUUUGGUGGAGGUUCUCGAUCAGCUUCAGUGUGAUACUCAGCCCUCUAAAGACCUCAUGAACGAGAGUAGACAGACACUCGACCGAAUGUUGGUGCUAUCUCAACUGAGGAAAAAGAUAGACGAUGGCGACCACUUGUUGUCUCAAAUGCUGAACGCCGUUGAUGAGCAGAAACAGAUAGAUGAUCUUCGGAGCUCAUUCGAAAAUAUCAUAAAGGAUAUACAGAAUUCACAGGAUAAGCGUGUCUUGAGGCAUAUUGGCCGGCUCAGGACGACUUGCGAAGAGGUAAUUGAGAUGACAAUGGACGAUGAUUGCAAUUCAUCGUCCCAGCCGUCUAAUAGACUAAGAUCUAGCUCUAUUGAAUCCUCAUCCAGCGCUUUCUCAGGUUUGAGUCUGGUAGAUUACAACAGCCCUCGCGCGAGGAAAUUGUCAUCAAGCUCAACGCACAAGAAACUUUUCGACGCCACGCACGACGGAGAUAUACCGCCAGUGCCGGCUAUCCCGAAUAUGAAAGACUGGUCCAAAUCCUCACUCAAUCUGCCAGGCCCGUCGCCGCGCAAGGCCAAACCAACGCUGGAUGCACAAGCGCAUGAUACUACGCCGACGCGUAAGCAUGACCUCACGAAAGCAACCAGGUCUAGCAUAUCACGUCGCACAAAUCGGGCAGUGUCGACGCCCAUGCCGCACAAGACGCAGUCAGAUGCCAGUCCGAGUCAGAAGCGGAUCUUGUCGACUUCGACAUCAGCCUCGUCUCUCAAAACACCCGCUCCUGCUCCGACCACACCUUCCAAGGGGAAUGGGAGUGGUAGUGGGAGGAAGAAGAGUUGGUCGUCGUCACACUCCACUAGAUCGCCGCGCCCGAGCUUCAAAGUGGCGUAUCGCGCCAAUCCCAAAUCGAAACUUGAUUUGGCUGUAGGGAAGGUGGUCAAUUCGCUACCUCUGUCUGUCAACAUCGAGAGGGCUGUAAUGGCGGCUACUGACGUGAAGAAGUCUUACGAGACUGGCAAGUACUGGAUAGGCGCACCUGAUCCAAAGCUGUGCUUCUGUCGGAUACUCCGCUCUAACACGGUUAUGGUUAGGGUCGGUGGUGGAUGGGAGGAGCUUUCCAAGUAUCUGCUCACACACUAUGCCAACCUGUUCAUGUCAACGUCUACGUCGACUUGGACGUCUACACCUCCAGAUGCCGUCGUUACUCCUGCCAAGAAUCGCAAAACAAACACCUUGUUUAGCCCCGCAUCGGAAAACUCACCAACACCGUCGCCAUAUAUGUCUCCCUGGAGAAUAUAA